AUGUUGGAUCUGGCAUUCCCACUUAUGGACAGUGACUUCGCUGUCGCAUCAUCUUUCGUUCAAGCUCCCUGUACGCCGGCGGCCAGGACAGACUGGUUUCUUGCGUCUGAGACAUGGAGCAUAUCCCGUAGAGGAAUCACUUCGGCCGACGUGGGAAUUGGCAAAGCGACGAUGAGCAAGUAUGUGACCGUGCUGCAGUCUUGGUUCGAACGUUGGGUCACUACCGGCAGCAACCCUUUUAUCCAUCCACGUCUAUACAGUGCGACGUUCCCGGCGUACGUGCAGGUUGCGUAUGCAACGCUGGCGAGCUAUAUCCACCGGACACCUGCAAACACAGACACUGUCCUUCAAAUUGUAGAAGACAGGUCGAACGAUUUGCUUCAGGAGAAGGGAGUGGUUCAUGAAGGGGAACAGCAAGAUGUCGACCUGUUCGCGCAGUUAACAAGGCUGCACGCCCUCCUAGUCUACCAGAUCAUCGGCCUUUUCGACGGUGACAUCCGCUCCCGCCAUGUCGCCGAAAGCCACAUGGUUAUCCAGAAUAGUUGGGCUAGAAAGUUGGUUCAGUCUGCCGCGAAGGCAAUGCCAAAGAGCCACGCUGGUGCUAUGCACCUUGUCGGUUGUCUGCCAGGGCCGUCAACCUACUCACACUCACAGGAACAGUGGUACCUGUGGAUUCUGUCGGAGAGCAUCCGCCGCACCUGGCUCGUCGCCGUCAGCAUCUCCGCAGUCUUCACUGCGCUGCAGAAGGGCUGGGCGACCUGUCCUGGCGACAUCAUGUACACGAACCGUGGCGGUCUUUGGAAUGCCACGAGCGCCAGCGAGUGGGACAAUCAGUGCUCUGGGAACGAUGUUGGGUUCUUGCAGCGCUUCGAAUGCGCGAGACUUUGGAGCCAUGCCGAACCCAUGAAUAUUGACGAGUUCGGCACUGCCAUGUUGGACAUGACUUCUGAUGCGGAGUUAUUGAAGGAGUCACCUUUGGUCUGGCUUGAUGUCAACGAAACCUAUUUCCCCGGUGACAUCUACGGCCAGGUCCUAGACACCUAUCCAGCCCUGAACCACACCAAGAUCACGGCCUACGAAACCCCUCUCACGCUCGACAAUCUCGACCAACUAAACAACUUUGGCAACUCCAGCGUAUACGUGACCUCCAACCAGGGUAUUAAGAAUUACCCGGGCUGGUUCAAUGGCACAAGGCCCAAUACUAACGGCGUUGCGGAAGAUGCUACUAGCUGCACUAUUAUUACAUUUGAUCAUGGAGAUGGAACUGUUGAUGCGUUUUAA